UGUCUUCCUACUUUACCAACCCGGUCUGGGUCCAUCGAAUUAAAUGCAUAACAAUAUCACCGCCGUGAUUUAGCUAGUAUCGUGUUGUUAGAAAUGGUCCAUUUUAAUUCAUUUUAGUUAAUAAUUUAUGCUGUAAAAACACCGUUCAUCAAUCGGUGAACUCAAUUGAGCAAAUAUGUCGGGAGCAGCCGCUGAAGGGGCGUCCGCUUGCAUUGGCGCAGCCGCUGCCAGUUGUAACUCAGCUGGGUUGUCCUAUGUUGCAGCGGGCGGAGGAGUGGGAAUAGCAGGCAGGCUUCCUAGUCGGGUUCUGGAGCAUGUGUUCUCCUAUCUGGACUUGUAUGAUUUGAUGCGGUGCUCGUUGGUGUGCUGGCACUGGAACAACUGCCUCGCGGAUGAGAACAGCGAGGUGUGGCGGAGUCUGUGCGCUCGCUCUCUUAGUGAAGAGGCACUGCGCUCCGACAUUCUCUGCAAUCUGACAACAUACAAGGGAAAGCUCAAGUCCUACCAGCACGCUCUGAGUUCCCAUGACUGCUCACGCAACGUCUACGUGAAGAAGAACGGCUUCACCCUUCACCGCAACCCCAUCGCCCAGAGCACAGACGGAGCCCGCGGCAAGAUCGGCUUCUCUAAGGGCCGCCAUGCCUGGGAGAUCUGGUGGGAGGGGCCCCUGGGGACCGUGGCGGUGAUUGGCAUUGCCACCAAGCGUGCUGCCAUGCAAUGCCAGGGCUACGUGGCCCUCCUGGGCAGUGACGACCAGAGCUGGGGCUGGAAUCUGGUGGAUAACAACCUGCUCCACAACGGGGAGGUCAACGGGAACUUCCCUCAGUGCAACAAUGCACCCAAAUACCAGUGUAAUGGUGUCCGUCCACAGAUCGGGGAGAGGAUACGAGUGAUUCUUGACAUGGAUGACAAGACCCUGGCCUUCGAGAGAGGCUUUGAGUUUCUGGGAGUGGCCUUCCGAGGGCUGCCCAAAGCCUGCCUCUUCCCGGCAGUCUCAGCUGUCUAUGGCAACACUGAGGUGACCAUGGUCUACCUGGGCAAGCCUCUGGAUGGGUAGCACCGCCACAAGACCAGCCGGUGCCAUGUCACAUCAGGUGUGCCAAGGAUAAUGACUGAUGGUUGGCACUGAGAGGACUCUAAACGAACAUUCCACAACCACAGGAAUGGAAGAGGGUUUGACCAGGGUGGGGGAAGUGAUCAUUGAUGGACAAGAGGGGAGGAGGGUGGGGGACCAGGGGUUGUUUCAAAAGUGUUUCUGUCUCAACAUGGAUCCUAUCCACUUCAGCUGCUGGACCAUUUUAUUUACAGUACGGGAGGACUUGACUUCUUUUUUUAUGUUAUUUUAUGAAGUAACAACACUGAGUCCUGUUUUAUUAUGUCUGUUCCUAUGAGGCAAAACCAAAUAUGAACUGUGGCAAAUAAAGACAGAAAUCACAAAUCAUCAUAUUGAUAAUAAUGUAUAUGUGACAAUGCAAGCUGUAACAUUUCUAGAGCACACGUGUAACUGCCAUGGAUGGAACAGCAAGGGGGACACUUCAGAGGAAUAUACCGUAUGGGACACUUGGAAAAGACUGCUUCAGUAGAAAAGCUAGUCAUUGCAGUAUAACUGAAACGUCUCCUCUCCAGAUACAUUGUAUAGGAGAGCAGAAGUGAGGAGACUACGCUAUUUUCUGUUCAAUGCUACUGUGAAUCCAUUUUAAUUGUGGUGGUAUUCAUCAUAGUAUUUCAUUAUAUUUAUUUCUAGGUUUUAAUCCAUGGUACUAUUGAAGAGGUCAUGGAACCUUAAAAAUAAAGUCUACCUGGUGCCA